UGCCAGGGCGACGAACUACAAACAAUAAACUACAAACCGUUUAUUCACCUACGGACUGGUAACCGGUAGGUGAAUGUGCUUCAAAACAGAGUCAAAAUGACAACCAUUCCCUCAAGAAAAAAGUGGUUAAAGAGCAAAGAGCCUCUCAAGCCAAAAAGGGUGACUCCAUCUGUUUACAACCAGGAGAUGUUACAGUCUACAGAGGAGCGCCUGGCUAACACUGACAAGAUGCACCAGCCCCGCAUCCUGAAACUGCUCGACAUGAGCGAGACUUCGCACCACAAAGUGUCCUUAGUGGAUAUGGAUCAGCCGCUUUUCCAGCCCUACCCAUCUGAGCUGGUCUUCCAGAACUUCACUCCUGCACAGACCCACACGUUACCUCUACUUCUCCACAACAAUGACAAGGUUUCACGACAAGUGAAGCUGGAGCUGCAGGACUCAGAGCAUUUCCAUGUGGUCGGACCAACGGAUGCAGGUAGCAGGGUUGCACCAGGACUGUCUGCUACUUUCACUGUGAUGUUCACCCCAGAGGAGAACAAGGACUACCACUACAUACUGGUUUGUGUGACAGAGAGGGAGCGGUUUGAAGUCCCAGUCCGUGCUGUUGGGCCACGUGCCAUUCUUGACUUUCACGACGAGCUCUAUUUACCCGCCUGUCCUGUGAAAGCCUCUACACAGAGGACUCAGCUGGUCCGCAACAUAGGAAAAGGCAAAGCCAAGUUCAAGCUAGACACACAGAGCCCUUUCUCAGUGACACCUUCCUGUGGGACUCUUGAUGUGGGCGAGAGCAUGCAGGUGACUGUGGAUUUCAACCCCAUGACAGUAGGAGACCAUAGCCAGUACCUGCUUCUGCACUACCACACUGGUGAAGAUGUGUACAUCAGCUUGUACGGGGCUUGUGAGGAACUGGACAUCCAUCUUGAGCCUGACUCUGUUUUGUUAAAGAAGACUUACAUCUCCCUGGCCAACGCACACACAGUAUCCCUCACCUACAUGAGUGAGAUCCCUCUGAAGUACUGUUGGACGACAUGGCCCAGCCUGCAAGAGGAGGCCCUGAGCUUCUUCAGGGAGAGCUCAGUGCUCCAACAGAAGGAGGAGGAGGAGGAGGAGGAGGAUGAGGAGGAGGAGGGGGAGGGGGAGAGGGAACGGUGGCAUGCUCGGUGUGAGUCUGACCCCACAGCGAUCCAUCGCCUCCCACUGCUGUCCAGAGCCCUGCAGGAACGCAGAAGCCAGGCUGUGAAGGACCAGCGUCUGGCCCCCUCACACAGCUGCAUUACUGUGGAACCAGGGGAGGGUGAAAUAUGGCCCAACAUCCCAGCACAGUUCAAUAUUGUCUUCAAGCCCGAGGAGGCCAAACUGUACCAACAAACCAUAUAUUGUGAUGUCACAGGCCGUGAAGAUCGGUUGCCUCUCACAAUAAAGGCUGAAGGCAUGGGACCUUAUCUCCAGCUCGACUAUGACCUGAUGGACAUGAAAAACGUAUUCAUUGGUGACAAAGACUGGUAUAAAGUGCAGGUGAACAACCGAGGACUGAUUGAUGCCCCUUUCAGGCUGUCAAGCCCUGACACUGCUUUCGGCCGCUGUUUCUCCUUCAGUCCUAAGGAAGGUGUUGUUCCCUCUGGGGCCUGCCAGAUUGUGGAAGUCACCUUCCACAGUCGAAUCUUGGGAGCUUUCUCUGAGGACUUGCUGUUAACUGUCACAGGACAGCCGCAACCACUUACGGUGACCUUCAGGGGUUGUGUCAUUGGUCCCACAUUCCACUUUGACGUUUCAGAGCUCAAUUUUGGAGAUGUAGCCUUUGGUUUCCCACUAACAUUGACUUGUACCCUCUUAAACACCUCCUUGGUGCCUAUGACCUUUGCCCUGCGAGUCCUUGGAGACGGGUUGGGGUCUCCCAGUGUCACUGGUGCCAAACAGGCAUCUGAGGUGUCCAGGAAUAAUUGGGAAGGCAGUACUGCUAGAGACCUUCAUGCACGGCCUGUGGAGUUCACCAUCACACCUGCUGCGGGCUCUGUGCGUGCCUUGUCAGAUGUCACCAUUAAGGUGACGCUGUGCUCCAACACAGUCAUGAGCUACAGGCUGGCGCUGGUGGUGGAUGUUGAGGGUGUCGGGAAGGAGAUCAUGACUCUGCCUAUCAGUGCCAGUUGUGUUGUUCCUGAUAUUGUGGUGGAGACUCCAGUGUUGGACUUUCAAAGGUGUUUCCUCGAUCACCCCUAUGAACACAAGGUGCGGCUGACCAACACCAGCACUCUGCCUGCCUGCUACGGCAUGCUCGACCAGGAAUAUGAGGAGAGUCCGCCACUGCUUUUUGGCAGUUCUACACCCAGAGGAUUGAUUCUUCCUCACAGUUCAGAAGAGCUUCCUAUGUUUCUGCUGGCUAAGGCCGUUGGAAGGCAGCAAUGCAUUCUACGCAUUGCUGUGUUCGGAAGCAUCCAGCCACCCCUGGAGGUGGGCUUGUCAUGUAUUGGGCAGGGACCAAUAGUUCACAUUCAGAACCCACAGCUGGACUUUGGCACAAUCCCGGUUCUGACGGACAUUACUAGAGCCCUGCACCUGUCAAACCAGUCACCUAUUCCAGCCUACUUCACUGCUCGCAUGAGCCAGGGAAGGUCCUUUGGGCGUGUUCAGCCCAGUGAGGGGGAAGUACCACCAGAGAGCCAGCUGGAGCUGAGAGUAGUGGCACACCUGAAGGACGCGCUCCACUUCCAGGCCAGGCUGGAAGUGUCCAUCCGGGACAGUCAAACGCACACUGUCCCUCUGUCUGCCACAGGCACUGGCACCACAAUUGUCAGUGACAGGCCUUUUGCCCCCAGCCUUGACCUAGGCACACACUUCAGUCAUGGGUCAUGCCAGUACCACUUCAAAUUGACCAACCACGGCCAGCAAAUGCACCGGAUGUACUGGCGGACUGAUGGCUUCCUGUCCUCCACAAAAACCCGAAGGGGGGAAAUCUUUUCUGACCGAACCGUCCUGCCCCCCAUCUCUGCUCCCAGGAAGAAGGAUAUUCAGGCCCGUGGGUCUUCGCUCUCCUCUAGUAGGGAGAAGCCGGUGUUCAGCCUCAGACCUUCUCGUGUGGAGCUCUACGCAGGCUGCUCUGUUGACAUGGUGCUCACAGGAUCUUGUGACUCCCCCAAGGUUGUGCAAGAGCGUUUGGUGUGCCAUGGCAUUGUGGGUCGCCAGGGCUGUAAUAAGCUCCUCAUGUCUGUAGAUGUUACCUGUCACUUUGUGGCUCCUAUGCUCAGCAUUUCCUCCAAGCAGCUGAAAUUCUACAUAGAGAAGGUCCCAGGAAAGAGUCUAACGCCCCUAUAUGAGAAGCUGAUCUUGGAGAAUGUGUCAUCUCUGCCUCUGUCCAUGGAGCUCUCUCUUGUAGAGCCGUUCUCUUUGUGUGAGGCCUCGGGAGCUCUUAGCACAGCUACCACUAAGUCCAUUGUUUUAGGUGACGGGAAGCAGGCUGAACUGUGGGUAUGCUUUAAUCCAUUUUACUGUGAGGAUCGGGUGUCACGAGUCGUGGAUGAGUUCCUGAGGAUACACUACCAGGGACACCCACAGCAAGACAUGUUGGAGCUGCACGCUGAAGUCCACUUCCCCAACCUCCACUUCUCCUCCACCACACUGGACUUUGGCUGUGUGGUCAACUGCACAGGAACUCAUAGAGAAAUCUCCAUCACCAACUGCUCCCCGCUGCCAGUUUCCUACCACUGGGCUUUCCUGGAUGACCAGAAACACUCUACCAUCAGAGAGACAGAGAUGCUGGAGGCAGAGAAGGAGCAGAAAAGUCCAGAAAAUGAGACAGAAGAAGGGUGGAGUUCCUCUAGAACGCUUUCUCCCGUCUUUCCAGUUCCUCUCAGUCCCGGGCCUGGUGCAGAUGAACAGAGCAGCACAGACUGCCCUGUGGGUGUGGAAGAGGUGUUUGAUAUCUUGCCGAUAUAUGGUAAUCUGCAACCUGGGGACCAGCAGCAGGUCACUUUCUCGUUCUACGGCCACGAAAACGUCAGCAGAGAGGUGGUGGCACAGUGCCACGUGGAGGAGGGGCCGACGUAUGACAUCAAACUCAGAGGAGAAGCAUCAGUAAUCAGCUACAGCCUUGACUCUACCCAUAUUGACUUUGGUCUGCAGCUGUUUGAUCACGAAGGGCAAGCUGAGGUGACCCUGAGAAAUACUGGCAAAGUAGGCUUCAAAUUUAGCCUCAUACAUCCUCAAAGGGAUGAUAAGGAGGCAGGGGGACAGAGGAAAGCCUUGGAAGAGAAGCAAAAUGAGAAAGGACAGGAUCGGAAUGUCAUACCAGGCCGGCCCAUGGUUAUCCCCACAAUGGGUUACAUUGAUGCAGGUGCGGAGCAGUGUUUGCGUGUGCUCUACCUCCCAGGUAUCCCUGAGGUGUUUGAGAAGCGGCUUCAGCUGCAGGUGGCUUUCCUGCCACCGCAGGACAUCAUGCUGACUGGAGAGGGAGUGUUCCCCAGGAUCAGCCUGAACUUGCCACAAAACCUGCCAGAGAAGUACUACAGCGAUGUGGUGCAGCCGGCCAGAGAAGCUGUGGAGGGAGAUAGACUCAGAGAGGAGCUCAAGACUGGUGGAGGAGCAACAACCGAGGCCAACCGCACCCUCACACAUGACGAGCAACUUCACAUGGAGAUUGAGAGAACGUUGGUCAAACAGAAUGCUCUCGCUGUGACCAGUAGCCUGCUGGAGCUCAGGGACUCACAAGGUUCCUCCAGAAAGUGGCACAGACUUAGCCAGUUCCUGCUCCCAGAGUAUGUUUUGGAUUUUGGUUAUGUCAUUCCAGGCAAUGUCCUCAGUCACACUGUACAUGUGACCAAUACUGGGUCAGUGACUGUGUCCUUCUGUGCCAAUGGCAAACCUCUAGCUGGCACAGGAUUCAGUGCAGAAUUUGAAAGAGUGAAAAACCUGCACUGUGGCAAGACGCAGACUUUUACAGUUACAUUUGACCCCCAAGGAGACAACCUGAAGAUGGGGGACAUAAAUGUUGUCAUGCCCAUAAAGGUCACUGGUGGCCCAAUGGUCCAGGUGCGACUGUGUGCAGUGGUAACUGUGCCGGCCAUCACUGUUUCCACGGAUACACUGCAGUUUGACACUGUGCAGUAUGAUAUUUGUCAGGUGAAGACGAUACAGCUGUUUAAUCAUGAGAGUGUGCCCUGCUACUGGAGCAUAGCUGAGAAGGAGAAGCCUCUCAAAAAGCAUAAAAAGAUCCCACAGGAGCAGCAACCACCUCCAGCUGUGUUUAAGAUGAUUCCCAGCUCCGGCACGCUGUCCUCUGGUGAACGAGUCAAUGUCCAGAUAAGGUUCAGCCCUGCUGAGGGGCAUGCUUACAACAGGCAGCUAGUGGUCCGUGUGGCUGAGAGCACCCAGCAGGUGUUCAUCACAGCCCAGGGGCAGAGUGAGGAGCCGCAACUGGAGUUCUGCCCGCCGGUGCUGGAGCUGGGGCCUUGCCUGCCUGCCACCACUGAGGUUGUCUCUGAGGUCACCGUCAAAAACCCCUGCUCUUUCCCCAUUGAGUUCUACUGCCUGGAAUUGGAUACGCAGUAUCUCGAGGAAGAAAAGAUCCUGCGUCUGAUGCAGGGUUAUGAUGAGAACAACAUCUUACUGCUGCCUCCCAGAGCCCCUGGAGAAAGUCUUCCCACAGAACUGCUCGACUACUACAAGGAGUACUGCUCCCAGCUGAAAGAAGAUGCAGAGCUGAAGGAAGGCUUGGAUGAAAAUGAAGCUGUGACGGGUGACACACUUGAGGAAGAAAAGAGGUCAAGACAAAACGAUGCCCACCUAGCAGACAGAAAAGUGGAAGAAAUGCACACUAUGACUGUGAAACCAGCUGAAUUACUCAUUUCGGAGAUGAGGAAAGAGGGAAGCAGUGGAGGAAUGGGGCAGAUAGAGAUGACCCCCGUCUCCAGAGCAAUUGCCCGCCACAUGUCUCUUGAUUUGUCACCUGAGGGUCUGGCUGCACACAACCGCAGAGGCAUUGCUAUUAUUGUAUAUGGAGCCCCACUGACAGGUAAGGGCAGCACAGUGGCUGCUCUUGGACGUCACUACGGUGGGGCGUGCCUGAGUGUUGAUGCAGUGGUUACAGAGGUGCUGAUAAAUGGCACCUCACCUGUUAGCCUGACAGCAAGACAAAUCUAUGACUGUGCUGCUGCCGAGUAUGCUGAGAAGAAGGCUGCUCAAACCACAGAACCAGGACCUGCAGCACAUCUUGAAACCUCCAUUCCAGCUCCACAUUCAGCUCAAGCUUUACACGAUACAGUGGAAGUUCUCGCCAUCCCCAAUGAGGACAGCUGCAGUAGAAAUGACUCCAAGGCUACUCAGGAGACUGAAAACAAACACUUUGCCCUUCGCCUGGGAGGAGAUGUGACCACACUCAGCAAUCUCUUGCCUGAACAGCUACUGGUUGAUAUCCUGGCAGAAAGAUUUCAGCUAAGCGAUUGUUACCGUGGCAUCGUGAUUGACGGCCUGGAGUCUGUGUACACUCAGUCAGCAGCCAGCACGCUGCAAGUUGUUCUCAAGGCCCUUAAUAACCGCAAACACAUCUAUGCAGUCAACCUGUCUGACUCCUACGCUGCCCUGAAGGCACGGCGGAGAGUUCAGAGAGAAACUGAGGAAGCUCUGCAGAAAGAGAAAGCUGACAGGGAGGAUCGGUGGGUGCAGCAGCUGGAUGAGGAGGAGUAUGACGCUCUGCCAGAGGAGCUGAAGGAGCGUAUUGCCCAGCGACAUAGAAAGAAGCGCAGACUGCAGAAACUCAGGAAGCUGGAGCGUAUAGAGAAAGAGCAGGAAGAAAAGAGGCACCAGGUAGAGUUGAAAAGGCUGAGAGAGGAAGAGUUGAAGAAGAAGAGCAAAAAGGGUGGAAAGAAGGAUCCUAAAGAAUCUUCGAGGAAGAAGGAGGGGAAGCAGUCAACAGAUGCAUUGAAUGGGCUUCAUCAGUUAAAUGAAGUGCGUCAUAGCAAGGAGGCUGACGAUUUACAAAAACAGACAGAAGAACCCAAAGCAUUACAUGCAGAGUCGCCUCCACCCACCGACAAGUUGGAGAGAGAAAAGAGUACAGAAACUGCAGAGAUGAAGAAACUAAGAGUAGAAAAAGAGUUGAAGAAAAGUAAAAAAGAGGGAGAGAGAGAGAAUAAAGAAGACGGGGAGACGGGCCUGUCUGGUAGAAAGGAGUUGACACUUGCGCCGGAUGUUCAACCAACUUCUUCCCUUAACAUCUCUAGAGAGUUACCAGUGGACGCAAGACAGCAACAUCAUUUAAAUGGAGAGGCCGGCAGAUGUAAGGAAUCUCAGCAUGGUUCCAUGCAAGAGACAGGAACAGGAAGAAAGCUCUCAGUGCAUCAAAUUAAAGACACUGAUCAUUCACAUAAGAGGACAGGAGAAGCCACGGGAUUACAAACAGAGUCUCUUCCACACAAGCCGGGGAAAGAAAUGUCCAUUGUGGAUGAGCUGCAGAGUCGGUUCAGAGCGUAUGAGCUGAGCCAGGAACAGGUGAAGCACAUCCUACGGCACUGGGACCGAACCCGGGGCUUGUUGCUGGUCCCGUUUGCCGGUGAAGAGGCCCCGCCGGUGUCAGAGGAUGCCACAAUAGAGAAACAGACCCCUGUUGGCAAGAGGAGCAAGAAAGCCAUCAACAAGAUCGUGUCUCCAAUGCCCAAUCAGAUGGCAGCACCAGCUGAAGCAGAAAAGGUGUCUCCACAGGUCAUCAUCCCUCAUAUUGAGCUCAAUGUAACUGGGAAAGACUAUCCGAGUGCCACAGAGCUGCUCAAAGGCAGCACCUUGCCUCCACAGGUUGAGGUUUUGGAUGAUUUGGGGUUGGGACCCAGCGGCCCACCCAUCCCUCCUCCUACCACUUUCUCUAUGGUUCCUUUUCCGAAAAACAGGGAGCAAUCUAACAGUCAACUCCCCUUUAGCUGUUUCACCUUCCUGGUUCCCGCAGGGCUGGAGGAACAGAGCGAGGAGAAGAAAGAUUCAGUGGAAGAUGUGCAAGGAUCAGUUGUAAAGGAAGAGGCAGCAGCAACGCUUUCCAAAAGUCGCACCAAAGGCAACAUUAAGGAGGGCGCAGCAAUAAAGGAGAAGGAUAGAAAGAGCAAAGAGAGUCAGAAGAGCAAGAGACAAACUUCAGCCAAGACAAAAACAAAGGGCUCAGACCGGUCUCCUCGUUUACGCGCCUCCUCCACACCUGACUGCAUUGAUGACCAACAGGACCAACGCCAAGGAAACUUAGAGCUGAAACGCAGCCAGAGCCUGACAACAUUUCGCUGGGUUGUACCAGCCAACGGUGAGGUGGUUCUGAAGAUCUGGUUCUACUCAGACUCCCCUGGGACGUUUGAACAGACCUACACGUAUGAGCUACUGGGGACCCGGCGACACUACCAGCUCCUCUGCAGAGGAAUCUCCACCUAUCCCUCCAUCUGCAAAGACCACAUGACUAUUUUUGCCUUCAGUAAGAAGGUACAACAACUGGAAGAAGGGCUCCAGAAGACUUACGCAAUCAAAGCUGGAUACUUUGAGUUUGGACCGUUACUCUGUGGCAAGUCCAGAGACAGAUACAAGGAAAAUAGGUACCCAGAGAACACAGAGAGACUAGUGAUACAUAACAAUACAGGCCUGGAGGCCGAGGUCCAGUUCUCUUUCCAGCAUGACAGCCAGGCCACCACGUAUCUGCUGGACCCCCCAACCAUGACUCUCAAACCUGACCAGAAACAGGAGCUGACAGUGUGGGCCUACCCAACAAAACUGGGACAAAUGAAGGACAGUGUCAUGUGCCUUAUCAAGGACAAUCCAGAGCCUGUCAUCAUCAACCUCUCCUGCUGGGGCCUUCGGCCAGAGCUGGAGCUGGAGAGCAAGCAUUUGCACUUUAACAGGACUUUGCUGCACAGGCGGGACACCCGUAGCGUGACGCUGCAUAAUAAGACAGCUCUGCCGGUAUCUUGGAGACUGCAGGGUGUGGAGGAGUUGGGUGAUGAGUUCAGUGUGCCACAGGAUCAGGGCAUCAUUGAACCUAACUCUUCUUUUCCCCUGACCUUGCACUUCAGGGCCAGGAGGCCACUCCACAUUAAGAAGCUCUUACGACUGGAGGUAUCCGAUGUGGAGAUGAUUCUAGGCAUCGUACACACAGAAAACAUACAGGUCACAGCUGAGGCCUAUGAUAUAGCUCUGGACAUCACACCAGAUGGCUGUCUGGACUUUGGAACCAUCAAAGUCUUUGAAGAAGUCAAACUUUGUCUCAGGAUGAAAAACCAAGGGAAAUAUGAAAUAGCCUACAAGUUUACAUUUCAGCAGACCGACCCAGCCCAGCCAAAACUGGACUCCAUUUUCACAGUGUACCCCCAGAGUGGUUCCCUAAUGCCCCACGAGAAGUCCACAACAGUGCAAAUCUUCUGCAGACCCAAAACAGAAGUCUUAAUUAGAAAGCAACCUAUCCUGCCUUGCCAGGUGAUUGAACCCAACAUCGGGGUUGGAGGAGAACCCAUAGCCACCCUCGUCAUCAAGGUUUCAGUCAAGUCUGUCUUCUCCAGGUACAAGAUCACACCUGCAUGUGACAUCAACUUCGGUCCACUGGUCUAUGGCCACAAGAAGAGCCAGAGCUUCACUAUUGAGAACAAUGGAGACUUUGAGACUCGUUUCAUCAUCUGUCGCAUGAUCACGGACCAUGCGUCACCGGGGAAGCCAGGGGGUCCAGGUAGGAAGAUCUCUCAAGAGAACCUUUCAGGGAAACCCACUGGUGCCGGUAGCAAAGUGAGACAUGAAUCCUUCCAGAAAGACGUGGCUAUUCAUCAGAACCGCCUCAACAUGGGGAUGUUCUCAGUGUCUCCCUGCGCAGGGAGCUUGCAGCCUGGUUCUCAGCAGGUGGUGACAGUGGACUGUUUAGCUGAACAGCUGGGCAACUGCAACCAGGGUUUGCUCAUUGACAUCAGUGACCGUGACCCCUCAGACCAGCCUGAUGGCAUACAGUACAGACUGCUAGCUGAAGUCUGCAAGCCAGGUAUAGAGUUGGACACGGAUUCCAUCUUCGAGGAACACCAUGUGUGCCAAAACAGCAGUCAGCUCUCCUCGGAGCAGUUUUGCAACGCGGAAGGCAUUUACGUCAGGGAUGAGAAAAGGUUUAUUUUCAACAAAGUCCUGGUUGGGCGAACUGCCCAGGCCCGCUUCAAACUCAUCAACAACAGCAAGGUGCCCUGCGUGCUCAGCUUGGCCAUCAGAUGUUUUGGCGCUAAGACGUGCCGUACCGCAGAGAUUUUUGAUUUGCCUGCUACAACACUGAUCAUUCCCAGCCUGUCACACUCGUUCGCUGUGGUCACCUUCGCACCCCAGACGAUGCAGCUCUACAGCGCUGUGUUUGACGCCUCACUGGAGGUAGCCAGCAGAAUGACACCCACAUUCAAGAGCAAGGUGCUGGAGUUAGACCUAAUGGGAGAGGGCAAUCUGCCCAGUAUUUGUGUUGUGCGUCCAGCUCUGAAGGACAGCAGAGGAAGCCCAGUGCUGCAGUUCACACACGUGUUGGUAGGGCGCAGACAUACCCGGCCCUUGGUGCUGCUAAAUGAUGGAAAUAUUCCAGCACAGGUCCAGAUUGACAUGCUGGAUAAACAUGGAGUGUUCACCCUCAAAGCUGCUCCUGGCAACACUUGCAGCUCCAUCCACUCAACACAGAUUGAGGGCAUCACUGACUCAGAGCAUCACUUGGUGCACAGAGCCACCCUGAGGCUGAAUGUCGGCGAUCAGGUAGAGUUUGAGGUCAGCUUCUGCUCUGAUGAGCCCCUGAGUGUCAAGGCCAAGAUGUCACUGCAGGUUGAGGACAACAAGUACGGCAAUACCAUAAUACAAGUGACCGGAGAGGCUUACCAGGAAAUUGUCUCUCUUGACAACAUCAGGAGGUCAUCGCAGGAAAUAUACGAGGAAGAUGUUAAGAGAGGUCAUUAUGAGGUGCUGAAUUUUGGUGACUGCCAUGUAGAUUGUCCUUACCAAGAGAGCUUCACCAUGACCAACCACAGCAGCAUCCAGGUAGUGAGGUUUGAGUGGCCUCCUGUUGGAUCCCAUGUCUUCUUUUCACCACAGGUGGGACACCUUCAUGCUGGUUGUUCAAAGGAAGUGACUGUCACCUUUAGCUCCAAUCAGCCAGUGACUCUGACCAGAGAGCCAAUGAAAUGCAAGGUUAGUCAGGUGGAGUUCCAGCAGCCGCUGGAGCAGGUGGCCGACUGGGACGACCGACAGAGGACGGUGCAGUGGCUGAGUCCUUCCGAGCAGGCUUCAGGAGCACCACAGCAGCCUGUGACGAAUAAGGAGAUAAAGACCGAUCCUGAGCCCUGCUGCUCUGUGGUUGAGGGCUCCCAGUGGGAGCUGGAAUUGCGUAUAAGCGCAGUUUGUGACUACGUGAAGUUCAGCUGCAACUCCAAAACCAUCCACUUCAAAGACACCAUGCUUUACCAAACCAGGCUGCACCAACUGCAGAUAGUGAAUCAUGGCACUGUUAAAUUGGAAUUCUCCUGGCAAGUCCUCAUGGAUCCAAGGAACAACAUUGUAAACCAUGACCAAGGAGCAGUUGGGACCCUUACCUCUCGACCAGGCAGUAGGUCAGCGGGAGUGUUAACCGGAGAACGUCCUGCCGGCACUCCGGCCAACGUGUUGUCUCUUUUGAUGGGGAAUCCUGACCUUCCGCCCAUCAGCGUUGAUCCCAGCAUAGGGGCCAUAGAGCCCGGUGCCAUUCAGGAUUUCAGCAUUCACUUUUCACCUCUGGAAGUGGCCCAGUUUCAGGGCAGGCUGUUCUGCAGUAUCCCAAACUUGCAGGAUGGAGAUCAGGCUCCCUGUGUCUCGCUGUGUGGCCGCAGCCUGUUGCCCCACUACCACUUUGACCUCGAGGACUCCGACUAUAUCAGUGGGAACCGCCGUACCCCUGAAUUCAGGGGCCCUCUGGACAAUAACACCAGGGUCAUAGAGUUCAAACCAGUCAUCUACUCUGCGUCAUCAACUAGAUGUUUUAGUGUGGUGAACCCAACCAGUGAGCCCUACUCAUUCAAGUGGAGGUGUGAAGACACAGGUGGCAGCCCAUUCUGCUGCCUCACCCCAUCUGGUACCAUUUUGCCUGGGAAGAAAGUGGAAGUGUGUUUUGAAUAUGUCGCUGAGCAGCUGGAUGUGGUGGAGUCAUUCUGGAGCUUUGUGAUUGAGACUCUGUCGCUGUCGGUCCCCUUCCUGUGUGUGGGCUUCGCUAAAGAACCGCUCGUCUAUCUCGACAGACCUCACCUUAACUUUGGAGAACUGCUUAUUGGUCGCAAAGUGGAACAGACAUUCGAUCUGGUGAAUGGAGAGGAGGAGCUCUUCCACUUCUCUGUCAUUCAGUCAUCUCUUCUCUGUGAUGACCAGCAGUCCAGCCUCAUUUUGCAACCCAUGACUGGCACAGUGGCACCCAGAGACAGGUUGCCACUGUCAGUGUCUUUCACGCCAUGUCGGGAGGGCUACGUGAGCUUCAGAUUGGUUCUGAAGGUGAAGAGGAAGUCAGAGCAACUCGAGCUCACAGUUAAGGCCGAUUGUUUCAGCAUGAGCACCUCUGUUCAAGUUGAGAAGCCAGAAGGAGGCCUCAGAGACAUCAAACCUGACCACAUAGACACUCUCGACUUUGGAAAGGUGGGGAUUUCAGAGCAAUCCACCUUUAAUUUCCUGGUGUCCAAUCUGGCGAGGUUCAGAUCGGAAGUGAACUUUGAGCUAGCAGGUCCCAGUGAGCUGCUGCAACAUCUGCAAGCAAAGCCACAAAAUGAUACUAUUGAGGUUGGGAAGAAGCUGCAAUCUUCACUCUUCUUCUUUCCACGAAGCAUUUGUAACCUCCGCGACGUCAGACUGAGUAUCAAGGUAAAGCAUGGGCCAACAUUUACAUUUGCCAUUGAAGGCAGGUCUGUAGCACCUAGCCUUGAAUUCUCCUUCACCAAGCACAACUUUGGCAAGUGCUUCCUGUAUAGUCGCGGCAUGGUGCCGGCCUCUCAGACUCUAGUGAUCAGCAACAAAGGCGAAAGGGACAUCAGUGUCCAGUGCCAGUUCAGUAACACCUCUUACCUAAAGAUGGACUUCCAACCAGGUAUUUUGUCUCCUGGUGCUGUGAUGGAGGCACAAGUCAACUUCUAUCCUCGUGAGGAAUGCCGUUACCACGAAAAACUCACCUUCAUCUUAAACAGCUGUGUCACGAAACACGUGGACAUACUGGGGCAAGGCGUCAGGAUAAAGCUGGAGGUGGAGAACCCCAGGCAGCGGAAAGUGAAACUGGGAUCUGUUGUGUUGGGUCAGAAGGUGAAAAAACAAGUGGUUCUGGUCAACCGCAGCCUUUUAGACCUUUCCUUUACUCUGCUGCUUAACACACCACUGGACCUAAGGGAUCUGUCUUUUAGCCCAGCAGGUGAGCUGAACCUGAAAGCCAAUGGUGGUUCAUAUAGUGUUGAGAUUCAGUUCUCACCUCGCCAGCACAUACCUCUCUUCUCUGCUGAGCUGCUGGCGGAGUUUGCAGGCCUGUUACACCCCCUGCUGACCAUCCAAGGCUGCUGCCAGGGUGUGGAAGUCCAGCUGAACCAGGAGCACCUAGCCUUUGGCGCUGUUGUCCAGCACUGCCAAGCCAGGAAGAGGAUUGUCUUGACGAACGCUGGGGACAUUGGUGCCAGGUUCCAGUGGAAAAGAGAGAAUUUUCCUCCAGAGUUGUCCAUCACACCCGCUAAAGGCUAUAUCUGUCCAGGCAUGGAGGUUCCUUUUGAAGUGACUUUUGCCCCGGUGGAACUCACUAAUGACAUCAGAUAUGAGAACCUGUCUCUCUGCGUGGAGGGCUCCUCCUCACCGGUCACCCUCACUCUCACUGUAACAGGCUCCUGCAUCGUAGCCUCCACUAACAAAGAGGUGGUGUAUUUUCUUUGCCCAGUACGCGGCUCUCACACCCAGACUCUGCCCGUGUUCAACCCCACAAACCAGCAUUGCAGCAUCAGACCUGUCAUAGAGGGCGAACAGUGGAUCGCUGCACCCUCGUUGAUCCUCGAACCCCUCCAAAACAAGACAUACGAGAUCACCUACCGACCACUGUCCAUGACUGCUGAUGGAAAGAAACACCAGGGAUCAGUCUUUUUCUCUUUCCCUGAUGGGACAGGCAUGCUGCACUCCCUGCAAGGAACUGCUGAACCUCCCAAGGCACAGGACGCCAUUGUGCGUGAACUGCCUGCCAAGACUCACCACACAGAGUUGCUCCCUGUGCACAACUGGCUCUCCAAGCAACAGCGGUUUCGUGUGCUGAUGGAGAUCGUGAAACCUGACAGGCCGGACACUACAGUGUCCCUCAAGGGUCUAGAAUACAUCGAUGUCCCUGCUUUGGCCAGCCGAGACUACAAGAUGUCUUUCUUUACAUACAGAGAGGGGCAGUACAACACCAAGGUGACGUUUCGUAAUGAGGUGUCCGGUGAGUACUUGUUCUACCUUGUCAUCUUCAGGGCCACGUCUCCAGGAGUCCUGUCCACCAUAGAGCUGGUGGCCGCUGUCCGUCAGUUGGCGUCGGCCACUGUACAGGUGGAGAACCCCCUGUCCACGGUUACCUGCCUCACCACCGAGUGUAAAUGCAAUGACAUCUUAGCCCCACCUCAGCACACUGUGCCAGGACAGUCCAAGAGCUCUCUGAGCUUUGAGUACCAGCCCCUGCGUGAAGGCGAGUCCACAGCCCGGCUGACUCUGUACAGCAAUGAUCUGGGCUUCUUCCACUACGAUUUGCUUCUCAGAGCUCUGCCCGCACCACUGGAGAAAACCGUCCACUUCAGCACUACUCUGGGCAGCAGCCACUCCGUUCCUGUUAAGUUCAUCAGCUACGCUCGCGUCAAAACUGAGUACUCAUGCAAGAUUGAUCAUCCAGACUUCAUAGGGGACAAGGCCAGACCCAUGGGGGAGGGGUCAGAGGCCAGCAUGGACGUUUGUUUUGAACCUCAUCAGGUGGGGGAAGCGAGAGGACAGCUCAUCGCGUCCUCAGCAGUCGGUGGAGAAUACAUCUUUCCCUUGCAUGGGAUCUGCCUCCCUCCCAAGGCCCAGGGCCCGUUUAGCAUCAGGGCUGGUCGCAACGUCGCCAUCCCCUUCAAAAAUGUAUUCCUGCAGACCACCACUUUCUCUUUUCAGGUGGACAACCCCUGUUUUCAUGUCAAAGAGGGGGACACCAUCCCCUCCAAAAAGACCCACAACAUCCUGGUCUCCUUUGAGGCCCCUGAAGGCUCUCAGGGGCUGUGGUUUGGCAAGCUGACCAUCUCUAGUCGGGGCUCUCAGGGCCUCAGCAAACCUUGUUCUUGGGUCUGUUACCUGAAGGGCUACCGCCCUGACUCAUCUUAGAGAGAAAUUUGGCUUUGCAGACACACACAUAGGAACACUAAUCACUAAUAGAUGCCAAAGCCUUCGAUGUGCAACUUAUUUUUACGAUGCUUCAGUUGAACGUGUUGACAAAAUAUUUAUCCAACGCCAAUGUCGAAAAUAGAAAUGUGUAUAUUUAUGUGGUUAAAAUAAUUGGUUGUCACAAAUGUGUUCAUAAAUAUUUGAAUAGCCAACUGAAUAAAACCUGCAAAGAAAA